AUGGCGCCGCGCGCAGCGAAGCAGUUGCUGCGCCUCCACGCGCCCGUGGCCCUCGCCGAAGCGGCGUCGCCGGCUGCGGCGGGCGCGCUGCUCGAGGCGCUCGCCAAGCACGUGCUGUAUAUCCACGGCCAGAUCCCAGGGCCGUACGACGCCCUCGCGGCAGAGGCGCUCGGCCCAUCCGGGCCGGCACCGGGCCGCUGCCGCAAGGCCUCGCGCCGGCGGACAAUGCUUCGCCGAACGCGUAAGCUGGUCGCCUCCUUUAACCUCCUCUUUGGCGCCCUGCCUCGCGCCCUCGCCGCCGUCCAGCCUCCCGGCAGCGCACACGGCGGCAGCCCGCCGCUGGUGGCUGCGCUCGUCCUCGGCGGCUCGCUGGCGUCGCCGCGAGCCGUCUUCCUGGUCCGAGGCCACGCGGGCCCGACCGCCGCCGCGCCUUCCGCUGCAGAGCUGCGCGGCUUGCAGCGCCGUCUCGUGAGAGAGCUCGUCCGGGUGUGCGGCGAUCUCGCCAGCCUCCGACUCGGCCUCUGCCGGCUGCAUCUGCUGCUGCAGGCGCCUCGUGCCGCACCGCUGCCGAGCCCGUUCCGCCCACGGCCUGCGUUGCGGCUCAAGCUGCGCCGCGCUCACGCCUGCUUUAUCGAGCUCGGCGCGCCGCCUGCGGAGGCCGGCUCAGCCUCCCUCGACGAGGCUUUGGGCUGGUGCGACGCGCCAGUGGACGGCAUCGACCCCGCCUCCCCGCCCACCUCCGCCGCCGCCGCCGCCGCAGUGCGGAGCGAGCAGAUUUGGUUCCACGCCAUGGGCGCUUCGCUGCGCGGCUUCUCGAUCUGA